AUGGAGAAAGGCACCUUCGAAGAAUCUGCUACGCCAGCAUCACCUCAAUAUGACAGCAGCGAUAGUGACAGCUUGCAAUAUACCACCGAGGUAGGUGGGAAUACUUCGAGGGCCACAUACCAGGAGGCAUCGGGUGCUCCAGUCGAGGUUAACUCCCCGUUGGGGUAUUCAGUCGGACCGGUGACUGUGAUCUUUCUCAAUUUGAGUAAGAUGAUUGGGACGGGUGUUUUUUCGACACCAUCAAACGUUCUCAAAGGCGCCGGCUCCGUUGGCCUGUCGUUGAUAUACUGGGUUAUCGGAUACUUGAUGGCGUCGAGCUCACUCUCCGUUUAUAUGGAGUUCGCGUCUUGCUUUCCGAGUCGGUCGGGUUCUGAGGUCGUUUACCUUGAACAGUCGUAUCCGAGACCGAAGUAUUUCUUUCCUACUGUUUUUGCGAUGCAGACUGUUUUGUUUUCGUUUAGUAGCAGUAAUGCUGUUGUUUUGGCGCGAUAUCUUUUCAAACUUGCGGAUGCUGAGCCUAGUGCUUGGCAAUCAAAGGGUGUUGCUGCGGCUUCUUAUACUGUCGCUGUACUAGUCCUUGCAUUCAAUACGAGAUGGUCUCUCCGAAUCGCAAAUGCCAUCGGCGUUGUGAAAUUGGUCACACUGAUAUUUAUCGGAAUCAGCGGAUUGGUCGUCCUUGGAGGCCACACCUCGGUGAAAGAACCCAAAGCAAACUUCCGAAACGCAUUUGAUGGCAGUGGUACAGCUACGGUAUAUGGAACAACAAAUGCGUUGGUCAAAGUCAUGUUCUCAUAUGCGGGCUAUGAAAAUGCAUUUAACGUAGUCAACGAAGUUCGGAAUCCUACUAAGACCUUGCGAUGGAGUGCACCGUUGUCACUCGGACUUACAGCGACAUUGUACAUUUUGGCCAACAUCGCUUACUUCAGUGCUGCAUCCAAGGAAGAGAUCCUUGAGUCGAAGGUUGUUGCUGCUGGCUUGUUCUUCGAGAAGGUGUUUGGAAAUAGUGGUGCGGCGACGGCAUUGAACUUCCUUAUUUGCCUUUCUGCAUUUGGGAACCUACUUGCUGUUCUUAUUGGACAGUCUCGUAUGUUGAGGGAAUGUGGGAGGCAGGGCGUUCUACCGUGGACUUCAUUUUGGACUUCAACCAGACCCUUCGGCACACCCCUUGGUCCAUACUUGGUGAAAUGGGGCUUUACAAUGCUGAUGAUUCUGGCACCGCCAGCUGGUGAUGCAUUCAAUUUCAGUAAGUUCCCCGGUGUUGAAGAUAUUCAGUGUCUGCCACCUUUGGUUACCGAUGAAUGCCGGCUAACCUUAUUGACAGUUGUGGAUAUGGGAACAUACCCGGGCUCCAUAUUUUCCUUGAUCCUGGCCAUCGGACUAGUGAUCAGUCGGCAGCGUCGUAAACGCCUAAAUCUCGGUGCGCCGGAUUACCAGGCUUGGCACAUUACGGUUGGGUUUUCAAUCCUCUCUAAUUUGUACAUGGUCGCCAUGCCAUGGUACCCGCCUAGCACCGGGGCUACUGGCGGCGAUGUGAGCUUCUGGUAUGCGACAUACUGCGCGGUUGCUCUUGGAAUCAUUGCGCUCUGUGGGGUUUACUAUUAUGUUUGGAUCAAGCUUCUUCCUAGACUUCAAGGGUUUAAGUGGGAGCAGACAGUUCUCAAGUUGGAUGGUGGUGCGACGGCUCAUAGGUUGGUCAGAGUGAAGAAAGAUAGCUGA